AUGCCAGAGGAAUAUGAAAUCUUUGAUGCUCGAUUCUCGGCAGCUCAGGCAGCCGAGAAUGAGCUUAGAGGCUAUUCCUUUGCGCGUUACCGCUCUCAGGAUGCUUGCCCCCAUACUGGGGAUGAAUCAGACGGGCGUGCGUAUUAUACGCCGAUAAAGCAAGGUGGUGCCGAUGAGUGUAUUGAAACAGCCCCCAUGAUGCAGGUCCGCCUUGUUGGCUUUGAGGUUAGGUCUCCAACACCACCUCCUCGAAAAAGUGCUGCCCGCAUCGGAUCUUUUGCCUGGCAACUAAGUAAGCCGUCAAUUGAGGGUGGCUGUGGCCUUCCCAAGCUUCUACAAAGCCAAAUACCAACAGUUGGGUAUUCGCAGGGGCUCGUUGGACAACGAGGUGUGCCUUCACGAGACGGCGAGUUAGAGGAUCAACAGAGACGCGGUGCCCAGAAUGAGGCAGACCAAACCACUGCAGAGACCCCCUCUACUCCCCUUAAGAGCGUAGGCCAGCUUGCUACGGUAAGCCCGUUUUACAGUGGACCAACUCACAGCUCUGUUGCAGCAUUGCAGACACAAUUUUCUCGAGGAACCGGAAGUCUCGCCUACCAAGGCGUGCAAGAUCACCAAAGCCAAUCCACUCAGACCGGCGCAUCUAAGGAGUUGAGGGCUCUUCUGAACAACCUCAACAGAGACUCGAGCUUGAGCAUGGUUUUGGACGCCCAAUAUUUCCCCUUUACCGAAACUGCAGCACAAAAUAUUGGCGAUGGACCUCAUGAGUCUGGUGUAGUAAAAAUCACAAAUAUCCCCUUUGAAACGGCCCAUAACGAAAUCGAUGCGUUUCUUGGCCAAAACUCGCGGUAUCUGUCACAUUUGAUGGAAUCUAUCCAUAUUGUCAUGUGCCGUGUCACUGGCAAGACUUUGGAUGCGUUUGUCGAGCUCCGGUCGACGAAUGAUGCUGUGCGUGUCGUUGAACGUCAUAUGCGGUGUUGCGCUAGCGGACGUCCUAGCAGACUCGGCGAUAGACUGGUUGAUAUUUCCAUGUCUAAUCAAAAGGAACUCAUGAAAGCACUAUUCCCCAAGGCCAAUGGUGUUGAGUGGACAGAUGACGAACCCAUAAUCAGCAAGGAAGGGAUGCUGUCAUUCCGAGGCUUUGUCACAGAGGAAGAGCUUACCAUGCUUGUCAAACAUGUCGAAAACCCACAUAGAUGCCCAUUUUCCCGGGACUGUCCCGAGAGACCAUUUGAGUCUAUUAUAAGCAUGUUACAGAAAUUUCCCUGGGGGCAGACUCACCAUAUCCGCAAUGGUGAGCGGUACAAGAUAUUUCGUACCACCUUCAAACUAAUCGAGCUCUUACAAACGAAGAUCCAGAGGCGUACUCACGACGCUCGCUUAACUUCCCGCCUGCUUAGGCGCCUUGUGGUGACUUCUAUGACAUGCCGUGGCUUUACCCGCCAACGGGCUGAGGACAUUGGCCAGCAGACGGAUGACUACUGGGGAUACUUCUGGCUUGAAGUUGGAGUCAUCCCACCAGAAGAACUCGAGAAGUUGACAUUGUUUCAACUUGCCGAGAGGGAAUUCCAGGCUAUUGAGAAGAUACUUCGCCGUGCAGCUGGCAAGCUGAGCUAUACGGUCCAGAAGUAG